GCCUUGUAUUCAUCGUAGCAAAACAAACAUGGCAGAAGACGAGGCGUCAGAAAAGCCAAAUUGCACGUUUUUGUUCAAGAAGCGAAAAAUCCGCAACAACGCAGCCAGGAAACGGAAAGAAAUUGUAGGAGAAAAUGGCGACAGCGAAGAUGAAGAAGUCACGAUUGUCAAAAAAGAAAAAAAGACCGACGUUCAAAAUCCUAUGAGGCAAAGUACGAGCAUGAAAAGGCGACGAUCCAUGCCAGGUGAAAAUGACGAGGAAGGCGAAGAUGACAGCGUCACUGUUUCCUAUAAAAGCAAAAGGAAUGUGAUGCCCGCAGGGCCCAGCGAUCAAGGAGCAACUGCCAUUCUGGAAACAGAAACAGAAUUAGACAGAGAUGCCCAAGCUCUGUUUGAAAAGGCUCAAAAAAUCAACGAGGAGUUGGAGGGCAAAGAAGAUGACAAAGUAUACCGCGGCAUGAACAAUUAUGCUCAGUAUUACAAGAAAAAGGACACUGCAGCAGGCAACGCGUCCAGUGGAAUGGUGCGCAAAGGGCCCAUCAGAGCACCAGCAAAUCUUCGAGCCACUGUAAGAUGGGAUUAUCAACCAGAUAUCUGUAAAGAUUACAAGGAAACGGGGUUCUGUGGAUUUGGAGACAGCUGCAAGUUUCUCCACGACAGAUCCGACUACAAAUUGGGCUGGCAGUUAGAGAGAGAGGCAGCCAGCGGUGAAUAUGACAACAGUGGUGACGAGGAUGACAAGAAGUACGAAAUAGACAGUGAUGGCGACGAUCUGCCGUUCAAAUGCUUCAUAUGCAGGAACAGAUUCACCGAUCCGAUCGUCACAAAGUGCAAACAUUACUUCUGCGAAAAAUGUGCCCUUCAGCAAUACAAAAAGAGCACGAGGUGUUUCAUUUGUAACGUACAAACAAACGGCAUGUUCAAUCCAGCCAAAGAGUUGGUGGCAAGAAUGAAGCUGGAAGAAAUGGAGGCGGCGGAACAAGAGCAGGUCAAUAGCGACUCUGACUAGUACGGAUCCAACUUUGUGUAAUACUUUAAUUUAGGUAAUUAAUAUAUCAAUUUUAAUUCUUUCGAGUUAAAGAGGAAGAGAGAAAAAAUAGGGGCGUAACCGUUUUAUUAUUCAUGAAAACAUAAGUAGUGUCGGUGCAUCCGAAGGUGUACAACAACCGAAGUCAAUAAAAUGAGAAAAUAUUACAUUACGAAUAA